AUGGGCUGCGGCGGGAGCCGCGCCGAUGCCAUCGAGCCGCGCUACUACGAGAGCUGGACCAGGGAGACCGAGUCCACCUGGCUGACCAACACGGACGCCGAGCCUCAGCAGCAGCCGUUGCCCGCCGCCGCCCCGGAGAGCGGCGACGCCGAGGCCGGCCUGAAGAGCCCCGGAAUUUUGGAGGACAGCAAAUCAACCCAGACCUGCAUGGCAAAAUCUUCAAUUUCAGGUGCCAUGGCUAUUCCUGAAAAAAGAGCUCAUUGUGCUACACAGUGUACAAAACUGUCAACUCACACCACUGGAAAUGGAGCCCAGAAGCCACAAAAUAGCUUUAAAACCUCAGAGGCUAAAUGGGACAAGAAAAGAGCCACAAAAGAAGUUAGUAGUAACACUGCCAAAACAGACAAAUACAAACAAAUAAAUAGCAACAGAAGAGUCGCAAAGAAUGGUAUCAAUUAA